CACCACAGGGUAUAAAACCUCCUUGCUUGACCAGUCUUUGCAGACCUUCUCUGAAACUUUUCAUCCCAGGACACUGCCUUUCUGCAGGAUGAAGGUUACCUCUUGCUUCCUUCUCAUCCUCAUCCUCCUUCUCCAGCUGAUGAUCACAGGAAGUACUGAGUGUUGUUCAAACUCCGUUAUGGAUGGAAAGAUAAAGAAAGCUCUCAUCAGUCUAGGGUUCAAUCCUUCUGCCCUGAAAAAGAAGAUCUCAUGUACCAGUGUCAAGAAUUCAGGCAAACUGUCCUCCUGCCCUGCAGGGACUGUUGUCACCAGCUGUGCUUGUGGCUAUGGUUGUGGUUCUUGGGAUGUUCGGGGGGAAACCACGUGCCACUGCCAGUGCAACCCGGUAGACUGGACCACUGCCCGCUGCUGCCGCCUGACCUGAGAAGGAGGAGGAUGAGAACCCAGUUGUGUGACCACGACUGGUCACACAAUGAAACCAUGACCCCAAACAGGAAACCUGACUCAAACUGUCCUUUUCAUUUGUUACUACCCUGCCUCUUGGAUAAU